UUUUUUUUUGUAUAAAAUUGUUCUUUCUUUAUUGGGAGCUGGAAUGAUGGCAUGCUCGAUCUUGCUGUGAAAGGAUGAGUUCUUGUUUCGUACCAAACGGGGCAAGUCUGGAGGAUUGCCAUUCCAAUUUGUUCGAUCUGGCUGACUUGACUGGGAUUAAAUGGAAGCGGUAUGUUUGGCAAGGCCCCACGUCGGCCCCGAUUCUCUUCCCGGUGACGGAGGAGGACCCCAUCCUGUGCAGCUUCAGCCGCUGCCUGAAAGCGGAGGUGCUGAGUGUGUGGCGACGGCACCACACGCCUGGCCGCAGGGAGCUGUGGCUCUUCUGGUGGGGAGAAGAUCCGAACUUUGCUGAGCUCGUACAUCACGAACUGUCAGGGGAGGAGGAUGGCGUGUGGGAGAGCGGCCUGUCUUACGAGUGCCGCACGCUGCUCUUCAAAGCCAUUCACAACCUGCUGGAGCGUUGCCUGAUGAACCGCAGCUUCGUGCGCAUUGGCAAGUGGUUUGUGAAGCCCUACGAGAAGGACGAGAAGCCCAUCAACAAAAGCGAGCACUUGUCCUGCGCGUUCACCUUCUUUCUGCACGGAGACAGCCACGUUGUCACCUGCGUGGAGAUCAACCAGCACCAGCCAGUCUACCACCUGAGCGAGGAGCACCUGACCCUCGCCCAGCAGUCCAGCAGCCCCUUUGAAGUGAUCCUAAGCCCGUUCGGGUUGAAUGGAACCCUGACUGGCCAGUCUUUCAAGCUGUCUGACCCACCGACCCAGAAGCUGAUUGAGGAAUGGAAGCAGUUCUAUCCCAUCACGUCGAGCUCCAAGGAGGGCUCAGAGGAAAAACAGGUGCAGAUGGACUGGGAGGAAGACUCUCUCGCUGCAGUUGGAGUCCUUGUUGGUGGAGUGCGAAUGGUGUACCCAUCAUGCCUUGUGCUGGUCCCUCAGUCGGACAUCCCUGCUGUGACCCCCAUGGGGUCCUCCCAUUCCUCUGCUGUCUACUCGGGUGUCCACCAAGUGCCUGCUUCCACACGAGAUCCUGCCAUUUCCUCUGUGACUCUCACUCCACCAACAUCCCCAGAGGAAGUACAGACAGUGGACACCCAGUCUGCCCAGAAGUGGGUGAAGUUUUCUUCGGUUUCUGAUGGCUUCAGUGCCGACAGUACGAGUCACCAUGGAGGAAAGAUCCCCAGGAAACUAGCCAGCCAGGUGGUGGACAAGGUGUGGCAAGAGUGUAAUAUUAACCGAGCCCAGAACAAACGGAAAUUCUCUGCCAUUACUAAUGGAACGUGUGAAGAGGAGGUGGUUGAUAAAAUCGGUGCUUGGGAUUUUGUGGAACCCACGCAGAGGUCCAUCUGCAACUGCUCAAGGCAUAAAAACCUGAAGCAGAGAGGUGCUGGGCCCCCAGGUCAGCCCCAGCCUGCUGGCCAGCCCCCACAGCCCCCUCUGAAACACAAGGCCAACGAGAAGCUGGAGAAGGGGGACAAGCAGCAGAAGAGGCCGCUGACCCCCUUCCACCACCGCAGCUCUGUGUGCGACGAGGUCUCCCUGGACCCAGACUCUGCGAGCCAGCGCCUCGGCAUCCGAUCGCAGGACAGCCGGGGGCGCUUCUCAAACCUGCGGCCUGCUGACGUGGUCUCUGUGGCCAAGACCCCUCAGCUCCACGGAGGCACUGAGAUGGUCAGCUCCCCCCCUCCCCCUCCGCUCAGCCCCCACCCCUGCGAGCGGGGCGAGGACGGGGGCGAGCCCAUGAAGAACCCCUCCACCCCGCAUAGCCAACACUUCUACCAGCCCACCCCCGAGCCCUGCCUGGUCUCGCAGAAAGUAGCCGAGGAACACCGGCUCGACCAUCACCCCUACCCCCCGGCCUUCCCUGAGAUCCUGGAGCCCACUGUGUACGUGGGGGCCGCAGUCAACCCCGACGACGGCAGAACUGAUGCACCUUGGAAGUUUUUUGUGCUUCCUCGGAAAAAGGACUCCCAAUUUCCCACACCCCAGCUCCCCACCGACAAGCUGAGGGAUGACCCCGUAGGAUCCCAGGAAAAUGUGUCGGUUACUGAGUUGAUGGCAAACUCGAAGAAAGCGUUAAAGGUGUCUGAUGAAUUGGUUCAGAUGUACCUGCAGAGAAAGAACCAGCACCUGUCUGCAGCCAUCUCGGACACCGAUCACGAACCCGAAACGGACCCCUACGCGUUCGUCGACGGAGACGUGGAGUUCUCCUUCUCUGACAAGAGGGACAAGCAGUGCGGUGAGAGGGAGGUCGGGAAGAAGCACAAGCCGGACGAUGGAAGCUCAAUAUCAGCUGAUGGGGAGGAUGCAAUGUCGUUGUUUAGUCCCUCUGGAAAAACGGAAGCCCAGCGUGCAGAUGCUCAAAACCGCAUGGCUUCAACCAGCUUGAUACAUGAGACUGACCUGGCUGUCUCUAUCAACGAUUUAGACAAUCUUUUCAACUCUGAUGAAGAUGAGCUUACGCCUGGUUCCAGACGAGCUGUUAAUGGGAUGGAUGGUAAAUUCAGCAGUAAGGACUCAAAGCCAGCAGCGCUCGACCCCCUGUCUUGUAUCAAUUCUGCAGAUCUGCAUCAGAUGUUCCCAACUCCUCCAUCACUGGAGCAACACAUCAUGGGAUACUCCCCGAUGAACAUGAACAGCAAAGAGUACGGCAGCAUGGACAAUGCCUCGGGGAUGACUGUCCUGGACGGCAAUUCCACUUUGGGAGGCCACUUCAAAAUCGAGGUGGAGGAGGGCUUCUGCAGUCCGAAGCAAUCUGAAAUCAAGGAUUUCUCAUUCGUGUAUAAAGCCGAGAUGAGUCAGACGUUUGUGGGCUGCUCCAUGUUCGCCCCUCUGAAGACUCUGCCCAGCCAGUGUCUGCAGCCCAUCAAACUACCAGAGGAGUGCAUAUACCGGCCGAGCUGGACCGUCGGAAAACUGGAGCUGCUCAAUCCAGUACCAGCCAUGACGUUUCUUAACAAAGAUGGCAACAUCCCCAGUGUGGGCAGCGCAGUGGAUCAGGAUUACAUCCAAACCUACACACCGCAGACACACACACCCUUCAUGUCCAACAGCGCCCCCCCUAGUAACAGCGGAGCAGGCAUCUUGCCCUCUCCUGCUACUCCCCGCUUUUCAGCCCCCACCCCCAGGACACCCCGGACCCCCCGCACUCCGAGAGGAGCCGGGGGGCCAUCCAGCGUACAGGGCUCCCUCAAGUACGAGAACUCAGACCUGUACUCCCCAGCUUCCACCCCUUCCACCUGCCGGCCCCUAAACUCUGUGGAGCCGGCCACGGUGCCCUCCAUCCCAGAAGCGCACAGCCUCUACGUCAACCUGAUCCUGUCAGAGUCUGUCAUGAACCUCUUCAAGGACUGCAACUUCGACAGCUGCUGCAUCUGCGUGUGUAACAUGAACAUCAAGGGGGCCGACGUGGGCGUGUACAUCCCCGACCCCAACUGCGAGCUGCAGUACUCCUGCACCUGCGGCUUCAGCGCCGUCAUGAACCGCAAGUUCGGCAACAACUCAGGGCUGUUCCUGGAGGACGAGCUGGACAUCAUCGGGCGCAGCUCGGAUUUCAGCAGGGAGGCGGAGAAGCGCUUUGAGGCCCUGCGGACAGCCUCUGUGGAGCGGAGCGGCCUCAAAGACAAGCUACCGGACGAGCUAAUCCUCCUUCUCCAGGACCAGUGCACCAACCCCUUCUCUCCCAUCGCUGCCUUCGAGCAGGAAGCCACCCCUGCCGCCGUGCCCAGGCCCGGCCUGGCCCUCUCCCCCUCCCCACGGGUCGAGGAGAAGGAUUACUUUAACGACUGCUACAUGGCGCUGGAGCACGGCCGCCAGUUCAUGGACAAUAUGUCUGGGGGCAAGGUGGAUGAAACGCUGGUGAAGACAACUUGUUUACAUCACUGGUCCAAACGGAACGCUGUGGAUGUGAGCAUGCUGUGCUCUCAGGAUGUGCUCCGUGUGCUGCUCACCCUCCACCCUGUACUGCAGGAUGCCAUUCAGAAGAAGCGAACACGAUCCUGGGGCUUCCAGGGGCCCCUUACGUGGCAGCAAUUCCACAAAAUGGCCGGGCGUGGAUCCUAUGGAACCGAUGAGUCCCCAGAGCCGCUGCCGAUCCCCACGUUUCUGGUGGGGUACGAGUAUGAUUUUGUGGUGCUGUCUCCAUUCGGCCUGCCCUAUUGGGAGAAGCUGUUGCUGGAUCCGUUUGGAUCCCAGAGGGAUGUUGCUUACCUGGUGGUGUGUCCGGAAAACGAGGCAUUGCUCAAUGGGGCAAAGAGCUUCUUCAGGGAUCUCACUGCAGUGUAUGAGUCCUGUCGGCUGGGUCAGCAUCGGCCCAUCUCCAAAGUGUACUCUGACGGUAUCAUUCGGGUCGGGAGCACGGCGGCAAAGAAGCUCACAGACCAGCCUGUCAGCGAGUGGUUUCUAAAGGCAGCCAGCAACAACAGUGAUGCCUUUGCCAAACUCAAACUGUAUGCACAAGUGUGCCGGCACGACCUGGCUCCAUAUCUUGCUGCUCAAUCACUCGACAGCUCUUUGCUGACCCAGCCGAAUCCCCCUCCUCCCACCAGCCAGUCCUCUUCCACACAGGCACAAGCAGCGAUGGCUAACAUGGGCACGGGCAACUCCCUGACCUCCAGCGGCUCUGCCAUCCCCAACAACACCAUGCCGGGCGCCUCUGGCACCACUACUUCCUCAUCGGGCCCAGCUGGUAUGGGCAGCGGGAUGCAGUCAGCCAAACCCAACUCCUUCCCUCCAUUCGGGGGCAUGUCUGCAGGCUCCAUGUCCACGCUGGGCAACCCUCCGCAGAGCGGGCAGCCCAACACGCAAGCAUCAGGCCUGACCGGGGAGAACAUGACUGGGACAGCUCAAACACAAGCUCCUUCAGAACCUCCUGAAAGCACUAUGGAACGAGAUAAAGUUGGGGUCCCCACAGACGGUGACUCCCACGCCAUCACGUACCCACCAGCCAUUGUCCUAUACAUCGUUGACCCCUUCACUUACGACGAGACGGAAGGGGUAGCACACUCUUCCAAUGUGUGGACGCUGGGACUUCUACGCUGCUACUUGGAGAUGAUCCAGUUCUUGCCGCCACAUAUCAGGAAUGCUGUUUCUGUACAGAUAAUCCCUUGCCAGUACCUGUUACAGCCAGUGAAGAAUGACGAGAGACACAUCUAUUCCCAGCAUUUGAAAUCUCUGGCAUUCUCCGUCUUCACCCAGUGCCGAAGACCACUGCCUGCCUCCACCAACGUCAAAACACUGACGGGCUUCGGUCCGGGCCUGGCACUCGACACUUCCCUCAAGAGUCCAGAGAGACCCGAAUGCUUGCGCCUCUACACCCCACCCUUCAUCCUGGCACCAGUGAAGGACAAACAGACAGAGCUCGGGGAGACGUUUGGAGAAGCCGCUCAGAAAUACAACGUGCUCUUUGUCGGCUACUGUUUGUCUCACGAUCAAAGGUGGCUUCUCGGUACCUGUACUGACCUCUACGGAGAGCUGUUGGAAACCUGCAUUAUCAACAUUGAUGUUCCCAACAGGGCUCGGAGGAAAAAAGGCUCUGCCCGAAGGAUGGGUCUUCAGAAACUGUGGGAGUGGUGCUUGGGCCUUGUGCAGAUGACAUCACUGCCGUGGAGAGUUGUAAUAGGGCGGCUCGGUAGAAUAGGCCACGGGGAGUUGAGAGACUGGAGUAUUUUACUGAGCCGGCGCAAUCUUCAGUCACUCAGCAGGAGGCUGAAGGAGAUGUGCAGGAUGUGUGGGAUCUCUGCUGCAGAUUCUCCUAGCAUCCUCAGUGCUUGUCUGGUUGCCAUGGAGCCGCAGGGGUCCUUCGUGAUCAUGCCAGAUUCAGUAUCAACAGGCUCGGUGUUUGGACGCAGUACAACUCUGAAUAUGCAGACUUCUCAACUGAAUACCCCCCAAGACACGUCAUGCACUCACAUCCUAGUGUUUCCAACAUCUGCAUUCGUGCAGGUGGCAAAUUCAAACUAUACCACUGAGAACAUUGACCUGGCGUUCAACCCCAAUAACGAUGGAGCAGAUGGAAUGGGCAUCUUUGAUUUGUUAGACACAGGGGAGGACCUGGUUGACCCAGACAUCAUCAGUAUCUUGCCUGCAUCUCCCACAAAUUCACCAGUACAUUCGCCAGGCUCACACUACCCACAUGGGGGGGAUGGAAGCAAGGGGCAGAGUACAGACCGGCUGCUCUCCACAGAAUCUCAUGAUGAAGCUCCUAACAUUCUCCAGCAGCCUCUGGCUCUUGGCUAUUUUGUAUCGACCGCCAAAGCUGGCCCUCUGCCAGACUGGUUUUGGUCUGCUUGCCCGCAAGCACAGAACCAAUGUCCACUUUUCCUUAAGGCCUCUUUGCACCUCCAUGUGCCUUCAGUGCAAUCGGACGAGCUCCUUCACAGUAAACACUCCCACCCUCUCGACUCAAACCAGACCUCCGACGUCCUCAGGUUUGUGUUGGAACAGUACAACGCCCUCUCCUGGCUGACCUGUGACCCAGCGACCCAGGACCGGCGCUCCUGUCUCCCAAUCCACUUGGUGGUGCUCAAUCAGAUGUACAACUUCAUCAUGAAUAUGCUAUGAUUGGCAGAACCUGAACUUUCUCAAGGGAGGAAAUGUAUUUGAAAGGGAUUUUGUGUGACCGAUUACUACAGUGCUGGACUUUAUAAGAGUUUGAAACUGUCUCCCAAUGCAUGUGCAAAGGGUAUGAGAUGUUUCUUCCAACAAAUAUCAUUGUGGCUGUAUGGUUUGCUUUUAAGUCAUUAUAUUUCGAGGACUUGUAGAAAUACGAGAUAAAGAAACUAUGAUCUAAAAAGAACUAAACCGCAGCCCUGAUAUUUGUUAGUUGCAUCAGACAUCGUGGAUUCAAAUAUAUAAUGUCUGCUGUCAGAUGUUUUGGAAGAUAAGGGAUGCUCUUAAUAAACCACAAAUGAAUCGAUUCCUGCAUAAAGACCUGACAAUUCCUGUUUUGGAUGGUAGUACCUAGCACCAAUAUCCAAGUGAAAUGCCUGCAUCUAUCUUAUUUAUUGUAAGUUUUUAAAUGUAUAAAUUGUCUUAUAUUUCUUAACCUCUUUUUAUAUAUAUAUAUAUUAAAAAAAUAAUCCUAGAAGGUUUAUACCGCCUUCUUGCUUUAAAGCAAUUGGUCAAAAUUAUAUGUAACCGUCUUAAUUAAAGAAAUACAAAAAAGAAAAAAAAAGUUGCAGUAGGUUGCUUUUUAGAGUAUUAUAAUUUUUUGUAAGGGGGACAGAAAUUUGUAUUGCCAUGAUGUACAGAUGAAAAUAAAUGGGUUGGGGUGGGGUUAAUGUCCAUACCUUGAAGAGUGGGGAUUUACAGCUUAGCUGUACCUGCUGAGUACUUGUACAGCAAUGAAAUUCACUGUGUCUAUUCAAAAGAAAGAGGUACAUUGUCGUAAAUAGUAUUUUAUACCACACAUUUAGAGAGACAAACCAAACGGCGCUAUAUAUAUAUAUAAAAUUAGUUGUACCACCGACUGUGGUGCAACUUCUGUUUGAGGAAUAAAGCGAGUCUACUCAAUUCCCCUGUGCUUGUGUUUAUUUGGGGGUGGGGGGGGGAGGGGUGGCCGUCAGCCCUCCAGAGUAACUAAAGAGUAUCUGGCAUGUAAUGAGAGAAGUACAACAUACCAGAUUCAGAAGCAAGGAGGAAAGGCCAGUAAGCCGUCUGGAGGAAAGGUACCAGGAGCGUUGCGUGAAUAAAUAAAUGUGUGGUGUAAAUGAUUUUAAAGCCUGUGGUUUAUGCAAAGUGUAUUCCAGUUCAGGUCCUUAACCCUCCUGUUUUGGAAUACACCUGCAUAUUUAAUAAAUAAAAUAGCCUUUUUUUUUUUCUUUUCUCAUGCUUCAAACCAAUUACAAUGCUUGACAAACAAACAAACAAACAAAAAAAAGUUUGAUGCCCUGUAGUUUUUCAUUUAAAUUUGUAGAGUUCUCUUAUCAAUCCAAGCUUAACUGGUUUGUGAUUUUGGUUAUUCUGCAUUGAUGGUAGAGUUGGCCACUUUUUCAUUUGUGUGUAAAUAUAUAAAUAUAUAUAAAUAAAAUGAUGUCAACAGAUUUUAUUUGUUUCUACUGUAUAAAAAAUUGUGCAAAGUGGCAACUAGUAGCAGUUAAUGUUUCUCCAGAACACAUGUUAAGAUUUUCCUAAUGGAGCACUUACAUUUUUGAAUUUGGAAUAUCAGUGCAUUUUGACAAUUUUUAAAACAUAACAGAAUGGUAGAUAUUUGGAUUGGUCUGGGUUCAGUGCUUCAGUUAUUUUAUAUUGCUGAAUUCCUAUACUAUGGUGCAGCACCAAUUUGGCUUCAACUGCAAAUAUAUAUAUAUUUUCCCUUCAUUGUAGCAUUCCUUAUUUUACACUACCUUAUUACACGAAGUUGGUUUUUGUGGUGUUUCCAGUAAUUUUCUGAAAUAAUUGAUGUGGGGGAUUCAACAAAUAUAAAGGCAAUCUAUGGGGUCAUGGUGUGGUCACAUUUAAAAACAAAUGGGAUUAACAUUGUGUAAUCAGUUUAUUCCAGAGGGGAGGGAUCCAUUAAAGCAUUUUGCUGAGGUCUACCUGUAGUGUCUUUUGAAGUGCAGGUUGCUGCUUUAGGGUUAUGAAAUGAAUAGGGAUUGAUUUAUCGUGGUGAUGAAUCGGCAGAGUGGAUAUUAUUUAUGAUUACGUGUGCUCUUUCUAUAGAAAGAAUGUUAUUGAUAUUGAAUCGCACAGAAAUGCUCGGUUCUAAAUGAUUUGUGUGUGUGUGUGUAGCUAUGGAGGAAUAUUCAGAUUUAUUUUCCAAAGAAUAGCACUUGCCAAUAUGUUUAAACAAAUCUCUCGCCAAUUAAACCAUCCUUCCUUGUUACAGCCCAUGUAUUUCCUACUUACACUUGCUGUUUCAGUACCGUUUAAUGCAUUGUUUAUGACGAUUAUUCUUUGUAAGUAUUUGUGUUCAUCCAAAUUGCAGUGAAAGUUUAAGGUAUUGUAACAUAACGAUCUUUG